AUGAUAGUGGUCCCAGACCGAUCAAACUCCACUGCCGCUGUCGCCACUCCCGCCCGACACUCUGGGCCCGGAGCUUGCAACCCCAACCACCGCUCCAGUCCAUCAUGCUCUCCCAGAGCGCCUGUUCGUUUACUGCCACCCGGCUCCGCGUCUCCACCAGAAACGGCCGGACCGGUCCAUCCACCCGACCACGCCUCCCCUCGGGAACCACGCCGACGAAAACCCCCCUCUCCGACAGGCCGACACCCGGGGACAGUGCACACAGCUCCACUGGAAGAAACGCCACCCAGCACCGGAGCCAAGGCGAGUAACGAAGAUGUUUUAGAUGUUAUAACCGGCUGGAGUAUCACUGCAGGUGACGCUGACUGCAUCUGCAUCUGA